CAUGAUGAGAGAGUGAACUUGUGAACAACCUUUAAUUAGACGUUUCUGCAGAGACAAGUACUUGUCUCUGGUUUCUGAUCAAUCUGAUCGAGAAAUAACCGUGACAUCACAUCACCUAACCAAAAAAAAUCACAAUCAUAAUUUUGUGCUCUUUCUCUGGCUCUUUGUCACAAUUCAUUCAACAAUGGCGCAACGCAAAAGCAAAACAGAUUAUCCUGCUAUGUUGCAGAUCUAAAACUUCCAAAUAAACGUACGGCCAAGUUAACAUAAUUAUAUCUUGAAUGGCCAUCAAGAGAGCAGAUGAACCGAUCAACGAAUAGACUGAAUUAUGUAUUGCCUGCAAUGGUUGAUACCAGUUCUGUUGGUGCCCAAACCAUCGAAUCCUGCACUAGUUCAGACCCAUGUAAUGUUCAUGGUUCUCUACCUGAUCGGCUUCUUUUUGGAGAGGAAACCCUGCACAGUGUGCACUCUAGUGUUUUUAGUGACAGUGUUUCUUAUAUGCUAUAGUGGCAGUGGGAAUUGCUUGUUUUGGGGCAGUACCUUAUGUGAAAACGAAAAGGGAUAACCACGGCCUCCUGGAGCGCCUAAAACAUUCGAAAAAUGGUUGUUGUUGAACGAAAAAGUGACCUACGUGAUUUCCUUUUUUGUUAUGCUUGUUGAUGGUUUAGGUGUACCAUUAUUUAUUAAAAAUGUUGUACAUAUAAUACCCUAGUCGUAAACGCGUUUAUAACUUAAUAUAGAACAUUUGCCUAUUGAUAUUUAAUUAUACCAAAGAUCACAAUUCCCGACUAAUAACAGUGCUUUAACAAUUUUACACACGCUCUGUAUAAACUAACUAUAUUUAAAAAAUAACUUGCCACAUUUUAUUGCUUACAAUCAAUUAUCAAAUCUCUUAAAUUUUUACUAAACCCAUUACAGCAAAUGACUCAUUUCUAUUUUAUAUCGUCCACUGCAUUUGAAGACUUAUCUGUGAAUUCUAAUGGCAAUUGAAUGUUCUUAAAAUAUUCGGGCUCAAUGACUAAACCGUGAUAGAUUUAGUUUACUACUGAAUAUAUUGGAUUUUAUACUU